CAUGUCACCUGCUGCCGCGUGACGUCACGAGGGACCAGGAAGUCGCCGCUCGGCCCGUGCACUGAAAUCCGAGGCCACGCCCGCUUGAGCUGCUGUACCGCUCUUGUUUUCAGAAGCGACCUGCCCACAACAACAACAACAAGCUGUCGCUGCCUUUGCAGAAUUGGUCUCAUGGAGCAAAGGCAGUCGGCGCAGCUCGGUGCAAAAAGGCAUCAAUGCGACCGGUGUGCAUACAGCACGGAUCGUCCUGAACAUUUGACACGGCACCAGAGAACUCACACAGGAGAGAAACCCUUCAAGUGCAGUGUGUGUGGGAGGGCGUUUGCACAUUCAUCUGCUCUUGUCAAACACCAGAGAACACACACGGGAGAGAAACCCUUCAAGUGCACUUUGUGUGGGAAGGCGUUUUCAGAUUCAUCUACUCUUGUAAAACACCAGAGAACCCACACGGGAGAGAAACCCUUCAAGUGCAGUGUGUGUGGGAAGGCGUUUGCACGUUCAUCUACUCUUGUAGCACACCAGAGAGCACACACGGGAGAGAAACCCUUCAAGUGCAGUGUGUGUGGGAAGGCGUUUUCAGAUUCAUCUACUCUUGUAACACACAAGAGAACACACACGGGAGAGAAACCCUUCAAGUGCGGUGUGUGUGAGAAGGCGUUUACACUUUCACCAAAUCUUCAAAGACACCAGAGAUCACGCAAGCAUCAGAAGAUCCACCAGGAGUGGAGUGUGAAAUCAGCUUGUGAAAGUCAAAGUGCCUCAAUGAGCCCAUCCCUCAUCAAACAAGAACCGGAAGAACAUCCCAGCUUGGACACUUUCAAAGAAAUCAAGGUGAAAUAUGAAGAGGUGAAGGUGGAAUGUGAAGACGUGAUGGUGAAGAGCGAAGAAGUGAAGGUAAAAUGUGAAGAUGAAGAUUCAACUCCAAAAUCGGACUUUCACAUCGAUGGAGGCAACGUGAAGCAGGAGGAGAAUUCUGACUGAGGCAGAGCGAGGCAACUCCCAGCAGUUUGUGGAAGUGGAGGUGUGGGUGGACUUCCUCCGAGACAAUACAAAGUCAAAUGGAGACCCGGGAGAUGCGUAAGCCUUAGACCAGCGGUUCUUAACCUGAGUUCGAUCGAACCCCAGGGGUUCGGUGAGUCAGUCUCAGGGGUUCGGCGGAGGUUAAGACACACACCUGACCAGUAAAACAUGUACCUAUGUUUUGAAUUAGAAAAAAUAAUUUUAUUUUUCCAAUUAAGAAGGGUUCUAUGAAUGCGCAUAUGAAACUGGUGGGGUUCAGUACCUCCAACAAGGUUUUAGACGAUGCCGCUCCAAUAGAUGCACCUUUGUCACAGGCCUUUAAUGACAAGAAUGUGAAGUUGAACACUCAGUUCCUAGGUUCAACCUGCAGGGUAAGAGCGGCCAGUCUUUGUGAACCUGUGUGUUGGGUAGAUCUCUAACCAGGAGCGAAUGCCAAUAAGCUCCCAAGCAUUCACUAUGUUAUCAUAAUUGCAUUUAUAUUGUGCUUGCUUAAUUGCCUCGACAAUUUGUAGUUUUGUAUCGUUUCUCGUCUCAAACACUCGAAGAGCAUCCCCAAGUAGCAGCUGCCCCUGUGUGGCACAAGGUGGUGGCCCUGCACCGGCCUGCAUGUGGACAAGAGCCUGUCAGUAGGGGGCGAUGGUUGAUGUGGCAUCUCAGUUGUGGAGUUUGUAGGUAAUGUUUAGAAUUUGCUACAUUUUGACCCAGACGCCAGCAUGCAAUGGCCGACUCGUUUUGAAUGGUGCAUUAGUAUGUUGUACAUACACUGUUAAGCAGACGGUGUGUAUUUUUUAAUUAGCUUCUUGUUAAUGCGAUGUAACCUAAUGCAGUAUAUUUCAGUGCAGUCAUUCAAUUUUGUUAACAUGCCUGUCAAUAAGUUAGAAUGAAUACUUGUAUGAUGGUGUGCGUACAUGUACCAUUUUGUCUAUAAGGGUCAAACAUUGAAUGAGUGAUGUUAGGACACAGUGUGUGUUUUGCAAGUAACCUGUACAGAUAACUCAGGUGAGACUCAUUGUUCUUGUGAUACAGGUCAAAGGGUACUUUUGUGUUUUCAGGAAGCAUCUACCUCUGGAGCAACUCAUUGUCUUUGAAAUAGGGAGCACACUCGGAUCAUUCAUCUGUUACAAGGCAAACCACUCAAAAGUUACACGUAGAGGAGAUACAUUCUCAACACGAAUUAUAAUUUUGUAUUAUGUGAGAUACAUUCUGACCAGCCCACGUGACCAGCCCCCCCGCCCACACGAUGACGUCACCAUGCACGGGGGGAGCCCCAACCAACCCGAGCCCGAUGACGUCACCACGCACGGGGGUGCCCCAACCAACCCGAGCUCGAUGACGUCACGCAGGGAGGCGCCCCACCAACCCGAGCGCGAUGACGUCACCACGCACGGGGUCGCCCCAACCAACCCGAGCGCGAUGACGUCACCACGCAGGGAGGCGCUCCAACCCGAGCGCGAUGACGUCACCACGCACGGGGCGCCCCAACCACUUUUUUUUUAUCCGUGAAGAAAUAAAGAAUUGCAGCGCAAAACGGCCGCUUGACGUGCUACGUGUGCCCUCUGGUGGACAAGUAUUCAAUGCGUGGUGACGUCUGCUAUCUGGUGGACAUGUGCAGUGUAGGCCAACACAGCACGCCAGCAGUUGCCGCUGUCAGGCGUCACCCCCGAGUUGUGAGUCGCUGCUGCUGCUGCGGCGGCGUUCUGGCCUUUGUCCCAAGCGGGUUGGCUGCAAUGAAGCCGUGAAGACACCGAACAGUUCCACUGCUACAAUUACCGCGCUGAGGCGCUGCAGUUGCACUAUGAGACCACACGGUGGCGCUACAGCGACCAUGUUGGUUAAGUUAUUUCAGCGAAUUUUGAUUUAGCUUUUCGGUUCUUUCGGUAAAGUAACGUAGAAAGGAAAUAAAUUAAAUAAUAGAAUAGGACGUUUCGAUUGCAACAC